UACUAGAUUUUACUUCAUCAUCCUCUUAUUCUCAUAUCUGGCUAUUUUAGGUAGCGUUUGUAGCAAUGCCUGCGUCUAGUGAGGAGGAGUCCCCAGAGCUCAGCCCCACAGCCAGCAGCACCUUUGAAGAGGAAAGCUUCCAGUCUCAAUACAAAGUCCUGAGGACCAUCGGCCACGGGAGCAAUGCCAAGGUCCAGCUGGCUCACCACCGCCUCACAGGUACCCCUGUGGCCAUCAAAGUGCUUCAGAAAAGGAAGAAGUGGUAUCAGCCAAUCAGAUCCGAGGUGGAUAUCAUGAUGAUGACCAACCACCCCAACAUCAUCUCACUUCUCCAAGUGAUUGAGACCGAGACGAGAAUAUACCUCGUCAUGGAGCUGGCCGAGGGACAGCAACUUUAUCAAUACAUCCGGAAGGCUGGCCGCCUGUCGGAGGACGAGGCCCGGAGGAUAUUCAAGCAAAUAAUAGCAGGUGUGAGCUACUGCCAUGACCUGGGUAUAGUUCACAGGGACCUGAAACCAGACAACAUCAUGCUGGACCAGAACGGAAAAGUCAAGAUCAUUGAUUUUGGCCUCGGCACCCGAUUCCAGCCCGGGCAAAGGCUGAGUCGGCACUGCGGAGCUUACUCCUUUGGUGCCCCUGAACUCUUCCUCGGCAGACUUUAUGAUGGCCCCAAGGUCGACGUAUGGACCUUGGGAGUCGUCUUAUAUUUCAUGGUAGUCGGAAAAGUCCCAUUUGAUGCUGUCAUCAUACCAGAGCUGCGAAGGCAGGUUGUGGCAGGGAGGUAUACUGUCCCCUCAGACCUGUCAGAAGAACUCGAAGACCUGCUUAGUUUCUUGAUGACCGUCAACCCCAGGUUUAGACCGACAAUAGCUGAAGUGAUGACUCACCCCUGGCUCAGGAAAGACAAGGAGGGUUUACCAAAUCACCGUGAGGAAAUGAUCCCCAGCUCACCUGACCCUGCAAUUGUGGCAGCCAUGGAACAUAUGGGGUUCCAAGCCCAGGACAUCAAGGAUUCAUUACGUCAGAGAAAAUUCAACCAAACCAUGGCAUCCUACUGCUUACUUCAAGAACAAGCUCUCAGGGAACAUGGCUGCACAACCAGGGCUCAGCCUAUGAAUCCAGGGGUGACACCAUUCCCUUCCCUUGAGGAUCCCGUUGAUUCCCCUCUGGAACUAAGGAGGAGGGGGAGUGAGCCGUCCCUUGGCACAUUACUCAGAGGGUCACCCACUAACAGCCAGCAGGCAGGUCAAAGGGGAGGCAGACACGCCACUAGGGCAUUCCAGAGGACACCCACACUGGACCCAGCCCAACAUCAACGAGCCAAGAGCGCUCCCUGCAUUCGUUCAGUGAGCGGCAGCGGCGGCGGCGGCGGCAGCGGGGAGAACAUGGAAGACAACUUAUGCUCACACAGCACCACAGCAGACAGCAAGUCCGUCCGCAGCCAGGGCCAGCCCAGAGGCUGGAGGGGAUGGACAAGGAGGAUAGGAAGCGCCCUGAUGAGACUCUGUUGUUGCAUUCCGUCAAGGAAGAAACCUUGCCGGGGGCAGAGCAGAGUCUCCCCUCGGAAAUGAGCCCCGAGGAGGGGGCCCGGAGGACAAGCAACAGGAGCAUCCUGGGUACCAUUGUGUCUUGUCUUUCUGUGUGCCCUAAGCUGGUCCCUUCCCCAUUGCUGACUUCCGUCUCUCCAUCAACUAAAGCAUAAUUCUCACCUUCUCCAAGUACUCACCACUCUUUUCCAUCCCAAGCCUCUCCCCUCUUCCCAGCAUGGACUCAAUAACACUGAUGUGGACCCCACUCUUUCUCUUUCUGACCCCCCCAUCUCUUCUCCUCCUCCCAAAGCCAACAGCUUCCACACAAGGUGAGGACUGGGAGACUAUGGGCUCAGAGACCCUUUCAGGGACGACCAGCUCGGGUGGCCGUCCGUCGGUCACGGGAGCCGCAGAUCAGCCUCAAGUCUCCAAAAAGCAACACCACAGUCCGUCAAGCCUCAAACCUGAUAACCAACAGCGCCAGCUAAGCAUCCUAGCAUAGGGUUGACUGGUUACUGAAGCCCGUCAGCCCCUGCCCCGCAUGCACGCGAAGUCUUCCGGAUGCUCUGUCCCUAAGACCUAAUGUUGCACAGAGUUCUAUGGGAAGCCCUUCCAAAAGAUUUCUAUCAAAGAUUUCAACUGCGGAGCAGAAAAAAAGACAUGGCGUAGUCAGUCUAAGCCCGCGGUGGUGUUCUAAGAAGUAAUUUCGCCUGCUUUGUUACUUCUUUUUGCCCAGAACCAAUUAUCUUGCCUCUCUCACGGUGUCCUCUGGAAACCCUGUCUUGCCCUGAGUAGACACACACAGGAGGUGAUUUCGGACCCACAGCCCGAGAAAAGACACAGCGGCGGGCCUCCUGGCACUCCUGGAAAUCGCUGAAUGACUAACUCCUGGAGCCAGACACACACCAUGCGCCAAGUGUGCAGGGAAAUGUUUGGUGUAACUAGACACCAGUUAUUCAUAGAAGACACACAGAUCUCCCGAGCGCUGAACAACCGGGAGCUGGAGUCGGAAGGUGAAGGCAAGCAGCGUGCUAUGUUCCUGAUGAGGAACACCCUCUCCAAGCUGAUGGCUGUACUGUGUCCUACCUAAACGCAUGGGAAUAUCAGCCCCUGAAGUCGAGGUGCUGAGACAGGGGGGAAGUGCUGGGACGGUGGGGUGCCGGGACAAUUGAAAUUACUGGAGAUGAUGGAGAGGACUGUCACUUGAGGGGCCAGGAAGCCAGGCUUCCCGUGGCCAGGUGUUUCCUGUAGACACACAGACGUCAGCAUACUGAGAAGUGAUCAGUUCCUCAGGGGCAGGUUCCUGCUGUACCCACCACGCAGGGUGGUGAGUACUGAUUCUAAAAUGCCCCUUCAGAGUGUGCCGGGAGUGAGCAAGUUCCUCACAGCCUGGGCUGUCUGGAGCCACGGGACCUGCACAUGGAACUUAUCUAUGAGGCAGCUCUGGGAUGUGUCUAUAAGCAGAAGACAUCCUCCCUGUGCUGGAAGAAGCCUGGGUGUCCACGUGGGCCUCACCCUGAGUGUCCCUGACAGGAACCUAACCAGCACUUGCCCACUGGACAGCAAUGCACUGGCAGAGGCCUCACUUCAGGCUGUGGCCUCACCUGGCAUGUUGGUGAGGGGCAGGCAGCCCACGCUGAGGAGUCUUGUCAGUGACAAGGUCUUCCCAGAAAGGACCACAGAUGAAAGGCAAAUGCCAGUGAAGUGGAAAUGCCAGACUCUGGUAUAUGUCAACAGUUUCUGCCACUGCACAAAUAAAAAAGUGUUAAUGUUUA